GGCCGGCUCCCACACGCUGUGCAGAGGCAGCCUGUCCAGGCGCAGGGCACAAUCAACAUGGCCGACCCGCUGUACGAGCUGCUGAUCCCCUACUUCGAUGCCCACGACACCCACGCACGCCCGCCGCCAAACGAUGGCAUCACCAACGCCUAUCUCGCGCGUCUGACCACGCUCCCGCUCGCCGCCCUCACAUCGUCCGAGCCGCAAUCGCUCGCGCAGAGCACGCAGUCUGUCCUGCGCUCCCUCCAGGCUCUCUCCAAACGCUCACACAAGCCCAUAAUAUCAUCCACCGACCACCUCGCCCACUUGCGCCAUGUCCUCCCCACAAUCGGCCGCGACGCACGCACCGUGCAGCAAGAGCUGCCCAGGCUGGAAAGCGCAGCGCAGAGCUUCUCGCAGAAGUACAGCAAGAGCGCCGACAACGCCAUCCUAGACCGGCGGAGGAGCGCCAUGCUGCUGGCCAGGAAUGUCGACAGGGUCUCGGACGUGCUGGAUCUGCCCACGCUGCUGUCCUCGGCCAUAUCGUCGUCGACCGCGCCCACGCAGGCCGCUACGGCUACGGCUGCUGCCAAUGCGAACUAUGCCUCAGCGCUAGAUCUCCAUGCGCACAUCAAGCGUCUGUCCACGCUGUAUCCAACCUCGUCGCUGAUCUCAUCACUCUUGUCUCAAGCCGAGCAGGAGAUGAAGACCAUGACGACCAAUCUCAUCGCGUCCCUGCAAUCGCAAGGCAUCAAGCUCGCCGGCGCCAUGCGCACCAUCGGCUGGCUGCGGCGUGUAGCCCCGGAGCUCGACGAGUCGUGGUCCACGCGCACCACCGGCAGCGGCAGCGGCGAAGGUAGCCUGGGCGCCCUCUUCCUCGUCUGCCGUCUCGCCUGCCUCGAAACCAUGCUCUCUGCGCUCGACCCUCUGCGCGACCUCGCAGACCAAGAGACUGAGAAGCGCACCAGCGGCAGCAAGAACCAAGAUGCCGCCUGGGCCGUCGGCCAGCAGACGGAGAAGUACCUCAAGAAGUACCUCGAGGUUUUCCGCGAGCAGAGCUUCGCCAUCAUAUCCAUGUACAAGUCCAUCUUCCCGUCGGCGCUGCCUGCCCCGGGCUCGGAGGACAGCCCCGCGCCCGCAGUCCAGCCUACGCCCGCGGCAAACCCGCUCCAGCCCAUUCCCUCCGCGCUCGCGACGUUCCCCCUCCAUCUUGUAGACAUGCUGUUCGACACGCUGCGCACAUACCUGCCCAACGUGCAAGACCGCUCCUCACGCGACUCUCUGCUCACACAAGUUUUAUACUGUGCAGGCUCGUUAGGCAGACUAGGAGGCGACUUCAGCAUCAUGAUCGCGCUGCUUGAAGAAGACCUGCGCGCCGCUGUGGACGACGCCGACGAAGAGCUCGAAGAGGAGUGGGUCGAGGUCAUGAAGAAGCACCGCGUGCAAGCCAGCAGGCUGGAGCUGCUGGCCUCGGGCGUGGGCGCCGGACGCACGACACCCCCGGUCGAGCGUGUGGUUAGUCCCAGUCAUUAGAAAAGGCGACACACAUGUACUUUUCAUGUAGGGUUCAGCAAGCAAAAGAUUGAGCCGAAAAGGCUGCCUCCCAACACC